GGUGCAAAACAGUGUCUGAGAAAAUACCAAGAAAUCCAGAUGUGGUUAUAAAACCUUCCAAUUUAAAGAGGCCCCACCUUAUCAGUAUCGUCGCUGCAAUUCAAGCGACGUCAACAGAUAAGUGACACAGGAUGCAAACUAUUCGUAUUUUCUUUUCUUUUAUCUUUCCCAUUUUCUCGGAGGAAUGCUGUGGAGGCCGGCCUGAGAGAAAAACAGCUGAACGAGACGCAAACCGGCACUACAGAGCUGUGGAGGGGGAAAUGUUUUUGAUGCCGUGCAUCGAGUCUGUGAGCAGCCACAACAACACGGUUUGCUCCGCGGCCGGAGAAGGAGCUGAAGGCAGGUCCUUCCACUGUGGGACCAAGUUCUCAGUGGAGGCGAAACAUUCUGGAAAAUACACGUGCAGUGGCAGCAAGCUGUCCUUCCAUCUACAGGUGGUGAAGAGGUCAGAGAGCAGUCUGGGAUGCUUCCUGUCCGAGGAAAACAGUGUAGAGCUGCUCAUUAAAAAAGGUGGAACGGUCCCCUGCCCCGGUCAUACGUGUAGUAACAACACAGACACCAUCUGGUACAAGGAUCACAAAGCCGUGUCUGAGCAGAACAGAAAGUCUUGUCAGACGUGGAAUGGAGCGCUGUAUUUAUGCAGAGUCUUUGCCCUUGAUACUGGGGUAUAUUUCUGUGAUCGACAAAUACUCGAGCAAGGAGUCAACUGGACUUUCAGGAGGGCUGUUAACGUCACAGUCAUACACAACGUCAGUGACCCUCCCACGAUUCUGUAUCCAGGUGGCAACGCGAUACAGGAUGUUGAGCUCGGUUUACCUCACACGUUAGAGUGUAGGGUACGUUUUACUUUUGAGACAAAGUCUUCCAGGGAGGUGUUGUGGUACAUGUGGAAUUAUGGCUGCAAGACGGAGAAUAUGACCCUGCUACCGACGGAGGAAGAAUUCAGACAGUUUCCCGAAACAUCAGAGUGCGAGGUCUUUGGAAGAGUCCACAUUGAGCAGGUGACUCGCCAACACUUGAACCAGAGAUACACCUGCAUCGCCCGCAAUAUUAUCGGAAACAGCAGCGCCACCAUUCAGCUCAAGGAGAAGACUAGAGUGAAAUGGUCAUCGCUGGUUGAGUACCCCGUUGCGUCCUUGCUGUUUGUGGCUGGACUGGGAAUCGUUUUACGCGUAAAAUGGCUGGAAAUACAACUUCUCUGCAGAUCCUACUUCAAACAUAGAAAACAGGAUGGAGAUGAGAAAGAGUUCGAUGUGUUUCUCUCGUGUGUGUGGAGCCCGUCGCCAGCGGAGGUGGAGGGAAUUUUGACAAACAGCGAUGAGGACGCAUGUUUAACUGGCGUGGACCCGCUGACCACUAGGGAGGGUGUGUGUACCCAGAGGCCGCUGGAAGUGGUGCUGCCCCGGGUGAUAGAGGAGCAGUGGGGGUAUCGCCUCUGUCUACUGGAGAGGGAUGUCGCACCAGGAGGAGCAUUUACAAAUGAUGUGGUACUUGCGAUACAGAGAAGCCGGAUGCUUAUCUGUCUCCUGUCGGCCGACUACCUCUCCAACAGCAAUGCUGUGUUUGUGCUGGAAUCAGGAAUCCAGGCUUUGCUGCAGAACUCUGCCCUGAAGCUCCUGCCGAUAUGGACCGGCAGAGCUUCAGCAUCCCUCGUGCAGCCGGACUCCCCGCUGCCCACGCUGGUCCAAAGGGCCUUGAAGGUGCUACCUAGUCUGGAUUGGACCUCUGCCCAACCUUCCACCAGCGGCUUCUGGAGGUCUUUGAGGAAGGCUAUGCCUGAUCAGAGGGUGAAGCUGGAUUCACUCGCGCCAAACCAGCUCAUCCUGACAUGAUGGCCGUUUACAUCGCGGCCCGCUGCUGCGUUCUGCACAGUGAAGCGGUUUGCAGUUGGGGGGGGGGGUGAAUGAAAACAUGCGUCACAGUGAAUCAUUAUAAAUCAUUUUCAAAUGUGUGCGAAAAGAGUCACCCUUUGUCCCAUGUUCAGGGCAUUAAGUGGUCUGAUCUUUAUUUCCAUCUGAACCAAAAGAACGUUCAGUUAAACAGCACAAACACAUAAAUGAUCAACUCAUUAGCAUUAAAAACAAUGAAAAUAUUUGCUAUCGGAUGUCUACAAAUACCUUCAUUAACCCCUCCCCAAAAAGGUGGAUGCUAUUAACAAUUUGGG